AUGCCGAGCGAUCCGACGACGCCGGAUCUCGCUCUAUGGAAGUUCACAGCGGACGGCGCCGGUAGUGGCUCGUGGAGUAAGCAACUGUCCUCGGAUUCAGCAGCAUUCUCGAACCUUACCCGUCCCUACGGUGCAACUACCGCGACGGGCGGAGACGUUGGCUAUGCUCUGAGUGGAGUUGUGACCUCUCACUCUGAUCCAAAUUUCGAGGGCGAUGCCAUUCCACUGCCCGGCUUAGUAUCCUUCAACAUGUCCUCGGGAGGCUGGAAAAACGAGAGCUCUAUCGGGUACUCGUCUAACGGAAUGGGUCUCUGGGGCCACAUGCAACACGUUCCCGGCUUCGGGACUGACGGUUUGCUCGUAAUGUUUGGCGGGCAAAGUACCUCGCCAGACCUGUAUCAACCAGGCACGUUCUCAAAUGCGAACCCGGAGUUCAUUCCGUUUGACAACAUCACCAUCUACGACCCGGUAUCCAAGAUCUGGCACUCCCAGGGGACGACUGGGGAGCAUCCGAGUCCUCGAGACAGUUUCUGCGCGGUCGGCGUCCAGGGCGUCAACGGUACCUACGAGAUAUUUGUCCACGGCGGCUGGAACGUCGAGCUCAACCAAGCAUACGACGAGCUCUAUGUCCUUAGCAUCCCGGGCUUCGUGUGGUUCAAGGCGGACUACAUCCCCACAAGCCCGCGCAUGGUUGCGAGCUGCGAAGUAAUUGGGAAGCGGCAAAUGCUGAUAGUGGGCGGGUUGGAUCUCAGUCAGAGUCCAUACGCUUUCAGCGCGGGGGAUCCGUGGCGGAAUGGGCUCGGAGUUUUCGAUAUCAGUGCUAUGGCGUGGGCGGAUGAGUAUGAUGCUGAUGCUGCGGCGUAUGAGAGUCCGGGUGUUGUGAGGGAGUGGUACAGCAGAGGGUAUGUUUUCUUGCGUUUCUGUCCACCGUUCGAGCAGUAUUUGAGGCCAGAGUAA